AUGAAGGUGCUCCUUCUUCUGGGAUUCGUCUUCCUCUCCAUGGUGGUCCGUGGUAGGGCCUUAGAGAAAUGUGAAUUUGCCAAGAAAGCCAAGGAACUCGGCUUGGACGGCUAUGAAGACCACUCCAUAGGAGAGUGGGUGUGCCUGGUCCAGGGGGAGAGUAAUUUUGACACUUCAGUUACAAACCACAACGAUGCAGAUAGAAGCACGGAUUAUGGUCCCUUUCAGAUCAACGAUCGCUACUGGUGUAAUGGUGAGCUACCUGAUGGAGCCAAUCAAUGUGGAGUUGAUUGCUCAGAACUUUUGGGCGAUGACAUCCGUAAAUCAGUAGAAUGUGCAAAGAAGAUUGUCAGUCAACAAGGCAUUGAGGCUUGGGUGGCUUGGCAAAAUAACUGCCAAGGACAAGAUUUCUCCACCUACGUCCAAGACUGUGACCUGUAA